AUGAAGAACUGUUCAACUUCUGUAGCACCUAUCAUUAAAGGGGAUAAAUUCAGCAAUAAUCAGUGUCCCCAGAAUGCAUUGGAACAAGAACGGAUGAAAAGUAUCCCAUAUGCAUCUGCAGUUGGCAGCCUAUUAUAUGCACAGGUCUGUACUAGACCUGACAUUGCAAUGGUAGUUGGAAUGCUGGGUCGAUAUCAAAGCAACCCAGGAUUGGAACAUUGGAAAGCUGUAAAAAAAGUGAUGCGGUAUUUGCAAGGAACCAAGGACUACAGUUUGACAUACAGACACACUGACCAUUUGGAGGUGGUUGGAUAUUCAGAUUCAGAUUUUGCUGGAUGUGUGGAUAGCAGGAAGUCUACUUCAGGAUAUAUCUUUCUUCUUGCUGGAGGAGCUAUAUCUUGGAGAAGCAGCAAGCAGACUAUAAUUGCUACAUCUACAAUGGAAGCAUAA